AUGGAUCCUAAGAACAAAGAAGUGUUAAUUGGUCUUGUCGAGAAGUCUCCCGUCAUUGAAUAUGCGGAGCUUCACAAGGCCUUUGGCACCGACAAAGACCGAGUGAUGGAAAACAUUAUUGUGGAAGCGAUCUACGAAGGAGCCAUACUGGUAAGACUACAUUUUUUCUGGUUUAUUCUUUAGGGGCAACUUGAUCCAAAAAAUAGAGUCCUCGAGGUUCAAGACUGGCAAGCCACUGUCCCAUCGAAUGUGAACGCUCUGAGAGACGUGUUGUCUGAAUGGAGGGAUCAUUGUAAAGGCCUUUUGCGAACAUUAGAAGAAGUUGCGAACAGGUAAAUUAACUGCAAACACACCGAAUGAGACCGGGUAAUGAUCGAACUUCGUAGCCAAUGAACGUUACAAAAACUUUUUGAGUAGCUAGCGAGAGAUUUUUUUGCCGUUUGGCUGGCUAAAACAUUGGAUUGGUUAGCCAGUGUUAGAACCGCUGUGGAGUCUCGAAAAAAUAACCAAAGGGGGUUCGAGUAUGCUAGAUUUAAAAAGUUGGGAUGGCUGUAAAAUGAUUGGCAUGUCGACUAAAUGGCGGGCCCACACUUGCGGGCAACCACCUUGCGGGCAGCUUGAAAUACCACGGAUAUUCUGCGGACAUGUUAUGAAAUCAGCCAAAAUUUGCUUACAACUGGAAAUUCAUACGAUGGUCUUCACGAUUAGAUGUUGCGUAUUAAGUUUCCAGGUGUAUAAGUGGCUUGAAUAGCCAUCAUAAGCUUAUUCAGGCAUUUUUUACCAUUUUUUGAAAACAAACUCCCAUAACUUUGAAAGCAGUGGAUGAAUUUAAUGGAUUUGUGUACUUAUCCGUACCAGGGAGUUGUCAAUGUAAAAUUUCUAUCGUACUACGUAGAUUACGGCAGGAAAAUCGUAAUUCUAAUCAAAAAAAAAUUGGCUGCCCGCAGAGAGGUUGCCCGCAAGUGUCGCGACGCCCGACUAAAUUCGAUGGCUUGCCAUUUGUGGAAUCCCAACAAAGAUUUUGCUGUAUUUACACGAUUGAUCCUUUUGUAUUUAGAGCCAACGAAGACGCUCACAAAUUGAAAGAAGAUGACGAAAGGAUGGAGAAACUAAUUGAGAGCAAGAGAGAGGAGCUGGACCAUAUUGGCCGAAAUCCCCGUCACGACGACCGUAUGGCCAGAGCGUUCAAACGGACAAAGAAUUUGCCUGCGAAUGGUAAACGAGGACAUUAA